CAUUCUGCUUCCCGGGAGCCGAAUGAAGCAGGGAGCAGGAUUAGAGUCUGCCACCGGCUAUCAGCGGAGAGGAGAUAAAAGGAACUGCUUCUUAAGCACCACUGCAGCAGCCCUUGUUAAUUCUUUUUCUUUCUUUCCACACAACAGUUGUGCCUCAUUAUCCGGUGCCUGGCUCGAUUUUUUUUUUUUUUUUUGGAGGGUUUGAAGUUUCUGUGCUUCAGUGACUGCUACAGAAGAAGAGGUGCUAGUGUUUCCAUGAGGUCUUGAUUGUCUGCAUUUAUGAAUGAAACUGACCUAAAUCACCUGUUACCUCCAGUUUCCAGAUUGUUUGAACUUCUCUGGCCGCACAAUACAGGAAGGAAGACUGAAGGAACACAGGGACCGACAGCUUCUGCAGCAUGGGCUGGUUCACUGGGAUUGUCUGUCUUUUCUGGGGAGUAUUACUUACAGCAAGAGCAAACUAUCAAAAUGGGAAGAACAAUGUGCCAAGGCUGAAAUUGUCCUACAAAGAAAUGUUGGAAUCCAACAAUGUGAUCACUUUCAAUGGCUUGGCCAACAGCUCCAGUUAUCACACUUUCCUUUUGGAUGAGGAACGGAGUAGACUGUAUGUUGGAGCAAAGGAUCACAUAUUUUCAUUCAAUCUGGUUAAUAUCAAGGAUUUUCAAAAGAUUGUGUGGCCAGUAUCUUAUACCAGAAGAGAUGAAUGCAAGUGGGCUGGGAAAGAUAUCCUGAAAGAAUGUGCUAAUUUCAUCAAGGUCCUGAAGGCUUACAAUCAAACUCACCUGUAUGCCUGUGGAACUGGGGCUUUUCAUCCAAUUUGCACCUACAUUGAAAUUGGACAUCAUCCUGAGGACAAUAUCUUUAAACUGGAAGACUCACAUUUUGAAAAUGGCCGUGGGAAGAGUCCAUAUGACCCUAAACUUGUAACAGCAUCUCUUCUAAUAGAUGGAGAAUUAUAUUCUGGAACUGCAGCUGAUUUCAUGGGACGAGACUUUGCUAUCUUCAGAACACUUGGACAUCACCACCCAAUUAGGACAGAGCAACACGAUUCCAGGUGGCUCAACGAUCCUAGGUUCAUUAGUGCCCACCUAAUCCCUGAGAGUGACAACCCUGAAGAUGACAAAGUAUAUUUCUUCUUCCGUGAAAAUGCAAUAGAUGGAGAACAUUCUGGAAAAGCCACUCAUGCUAGAAUAGGUCAGAUAUGCAAGAAUGACUUUGGAGGACACAGAAGCCUGGUGAACAAAUGGACCACUUUCCUCAAAGCUCGUCUGAUUUGCUCUGUGCCGGGUCCCAAUGGCAUUGACACCCACUUUGAUGAGCUGCAGGAUGUGUUCCUAAUGAACUCUAAAGAUCCUAAAAACCCAAUUGUAUAUGGAGUUUUUACAACAUCAAGUAAUAUCUUCAAGGGAUCAGCAGUGUGCAUGUAUAGCAUGAGUGAUGUGAGAAGGGUUUUCCUUGGUCCCUAUGCUCACAGGGAUGGUCCCAAUUUUCAGUGGGUGCCUUAUCAAGGAAGAGUCCCUUAUCCACGGCCAGGAACUUGUCCCAGCAAAACAUUUGGUGGGUUUGACUCUACAAAGGACCUUCCUGAUGAUGUCAUAACCUUUGCAAGAAGUCAUCCAGCCAUGUACAAUCCAGUUUUUCCUAUUAAUAAUCGCCCAAUCAUGAUCAAAACAGAUGUAAAUUAUCAAUUUACACAGAUCGUAGUAGAUAGAGUGGAUGCAGAAGAUGGCCAGUAUGAUGUCAUGUUUAUCGGAACAGAUGUUGGAACCGUUCUCAAAGUAGUAUCAAUUCCUAAAGAGACGUGGCAUGAUUUGGAAGAAGUUCUCCUGGAAGAAAUGACAGUUUUUCGGGAACCAACUACUAUAUCAGCAAUGGAGCUUUCAACUAAGCAGCAACAACUAUAUGUUGGUUCAACUGCUGGAGUCACCCAACUCCCUCUGCACCGGUGCGAUAUUUAUGGCAAAGCCUGUGCAGAGUGCUGCCUCGCCCGAGACCCUUACUGUGCUUGGGAUGGCUCUUCUUGCUCUCGAUAUUUUCCUACUGCAAAAAGACGUACAAGACGGCAAGAUAUAAGAAAUGGGGACCCACUAACUCACUGUUCAGACUUGCAACAUCAUGAUAAUCAUCAUGGCCACAGCCUUGAAGAAAGAAUCAUCUAUGGAGUAGAAAAUAGUAGCACAUUCCUGGAAUGCAGUCCAAAGUCACAGCGAGCACUGGUCUAUUGGCAAUUUCAAAGGCGAAAUGAAGAUCGAAAAGAAGAGAUCAGAGUGGAUGAUCAUAUCAUCAGGACAGAACAAGGACUCCUGCUACGUAGUCUACAGAAGAAGGAUUCAGGCAACUACCUAUGUCAUGCUGUGGAGCAUGGAUUCAUGCAAACUCUCCUCAAAGUGACACUGGAAGUCAUCGACACAGAACAUUUGGAAGAACUUCUUCAUAGAGAUGAUGAUGGAGAUGGCUCUAAGACCAAAGAAAUGUCCAACAGCAUGACACCUAGCCAAAAAGUCUGGUACAGAGACUUCAUGCAGCUCAUCAACCACCCCAACCUGAACACCAUGGAUGAGUUCUGUGAACAAGUUUGGAAAAGGGACCGAAAACAACGUCGGCAAAGACCAGGACAUUCUCAAGGGAACAGUAACAAAUGGAAGCACUUACAGGAAAAUAAGAAAGGUAGAAACAGGAGGACCCAUGAAUUUGAGAGGGCACCCAGGAGUGUCUGAGCUACAUUACCUCUAGAAACCUCAACAAGUAGAAACUUGCCUAGACAAUAACUGGAAAAAAUGCAAUAUACAUGAACUUUUUCAUGGCAUUAUGUGGAUGUUUACAAUGGUGGGAAAUUCAACUGAGUUCCACCACUUAGAAAUUGAGUCUAUGAGUAACUUUCCUAUCAGGCUUUCUUCUAAACACCAACACCUAACAGAGAUUACAGGUGAGCACAGUUGUUCACUUCAGCAGAUUUAAUGUUUCCUACGAGAUUUCAUUGUACAGGUUUCACUUUCUUCUUUGCCUGAGAAAUAAAAAAUGUCAUUUGCCCAUAUUGCCAUUGAAAGGAGAAAAACUGCAUUAGCAAAGCCAUUUUAUUGAACUAAAAGUUUAAAGUAAACUGCAUGGAUUUAGUAAGCUGAUGAAUAUUCCAAAACAUGGUUGGAUUCAAGGAUAUUUUUUGUCUACCAGCACUCGUGUUUGUACAUACUGGCGGAGUAAAAUAAGUAAAAUGAUACUGAAUGAAAUGGUCUGUGGAAAUAUAAAAAAAUAUAAACCAUUCAUCAUCCAGAAGAAAAAUGGAGUACACUGAUCUACUACUGAUGUCUUCUUUCAGCUUUGACCUAAAGAUGUAUUUUAUUAAAACCAUAAUUUAAAUGUACCAUGACAAAUAUGCAGUAAAAAAAUAGUUGUUUUCUAAGCUAGAGUAGGUUUGUCUUACAAUUAUCGUGCUAUUUAGUUUGUUUUAAAAAUUACAGUUGUGUGCUGCUUUUUAUUCACCUUUUGUUCUCAGUUCUGUAAGAGGGAUAGAUGAUAUUGCUCUAGAGACAUGUAUACAUCAUUAAUUCCUAAAAUGAAAGUACAAGUUAUGUUUUAUUUCUCCAAGGAAAUAAAACAAAGGGAAAAUUUUCACACCUCCCUUUAUUAUCUAAGUUAGUCCUAAAUUGCAUAACGAUCUUUAAAAAACAGAGAAUUAAGACAGUAAAAAGGGAAGAGACAAAUCGACUUGUUUAAUGCAUUUUCUUGUAUGUAAAGGAUCAGUGAAAAAAAUGACCUGUAUGUCUCAUCAAAGUAAGCAGCAUUGGUCUUAGCAUAGUAUUAACAUAAAAUGUCUCCUUAUUCUUUACUUGAAUUCGUGCAUGAUGUUUGAGACAUAAAACCUCUGUCAUGAUUUCACUAGGAAUUAUUUCAGUCACUUAAUGAUUUUUGAAGGGAGAGAGAGAAAAAGAGGCCAAUACUAUUCAGAACAACAUUUUAAAGGCAAACUUCCCAACUGUUUCCUUCUGAAUUAGCUGCUUCUUAUCUCACUUUGCUUAAGACAAUUUUAUUUAUAAAUAAUUCUUGAUUCUUUUCACAUCAGUGGGAGUGAUUUUACACAAACUAUUUUCCAGUAUACAACCCACAUUUAGAAAAUGUAAAACUCUUUGUUUUCUGAACAAUUUACCACAUAAGGUAAAAUAAUUUUAAUUAAUGAUCUGUCUCCUUUGUUGUCAGAGAAUGAUUCCUUAAGAAUCACUGACUUCAAGAUACCUACGACUUUCAGCAAUUCUUAUACAGUUCUUUUUUACUGCACUCACCUUUUCAGGAAUACCUAUGUAGGUCUUUCUCAUGCACAGAAAUGCCAAGAAAACAUCUUAUUGCUAAUUAAUGAAGUGACAUUGAAAUUUUAACUGUAGUUUUCUUGGGAUUCUAAUUAACUCAGCAUUAAUUUCUCACCUCUGAAUACAGUGAAUUGUUAUUUCCUCUCAGCUGAUAUAUUUCACAGAUGGACGCUCAUGUUUCAGUUUUAAUGAUUAUUUGAAUAAACAAUUUGUUGACACUUAUUUCAAAUAAAAAGCUUAAAAAUAAUCUACAUCCAAUUUUAGGUUCCAUUGACUAACAUGGUGUUGCUCUCAGAAUUACAUCCUCAAAUGGAAGCUGAAUUGUGAAAUUGUUUGAAGAACAUACUCCUGUACAUAAAAUAAUAUUUGAAAUAUAAAUUGAAGAACAAAGAGUGCUCCAAAAAUAGGUCAUUCUUUUAUUUUUGUGGAGUGUCUUAACUGUACUAAAAUUCAGUGUUGCAUUUCAUUCUAAAUUUGCAGCUGAAGCAAAUUUAUUUGCAAUACCAGAAGUAUCUUAUUUCUUUCUAGUCCUUAGCAAUAAAGGAUUUGAAGGGAUAGAGAUUGUAUGAUGACUUCAUGGAUGCCUUCCAAAAUCUGAAUGCAUUUUGUUUAGCAUUAUGAAAUAUCAAUAGGAAAAAGACUAUUCUUCAAUUAAAAGUAUCAGAAACAAACAAAUCUGCUGGCAUGUCUUUGUAAGCUAUCAGGUCUAAGUUUUCAAAGAAAAUUAUACAUAUGACUUUCAGAUAAGUAACUCUUACUACAGUCAUAAUCUGCCAAUGUGUAUUGAGAGACAGAAGUUUGCACGAAAAAGAAUUAAUGUCCAAUUUAAUAAUUCAAUUUUAAUAGACUUUGGCAUAUGCAUGUAUCAUCAGAGAUGAAACUUCGCUAUGAGACUCAUGUGACCUUAAGCAAAUUAACAGCAAUCUUAAAGUAUGAAAAAGAUCCAUCACAGUUCAGAAAUUAUGUCCCCAUUAAAACCAAGUGUAAAAUGUAAAUGCAUGCAAACAAAUGCACACUUCUUCUUCUUUUCAUGUAUUAUUUAGUGACUUUAGUGGUAUGUGUUUAGUUUUUUUUGCUACCUACACGCUAGGAAAAAGAGAUGUAAAUAAUUUUGAAAAGAAAAGGAAGAAGAGUGUAAAAUAUAAGUUUCUAUAAAUCCUCCCCUUGCAAUGUGCUGAGCAUCAUUUUAAAAUGCAAGACUUUCCUAAACAGGUGACCAGGUGUUUUAUGUGCUAUUUAAGGGCAGAAGGUGUGUGUCCAUUCAGUAAGCAUGCUUUUUGCCAGAUAGUAAAGUAAAUAUGUUCCAUAUCUGUAUUUAUCACUGCAUUUCAGAUGGGAACUAGAAAACUGGAGAGAAAAAUGUAAUGAAACUGCUGCUGUAAAUUAUUCCUUUUAGCAUGUAUUCAGUUGUUAAAUACACAUUUCUUCAAAAUA